AUGGCUAUUAAAGAGACACACGGACACAGACAAAAGUUUGUGGAAGAAAUUGAUUACGAUGAAAUUGAAAAGCUUGAAAUUGUCGGAAAAGGGUCAUUUGGUGUUGUUUACCGUGGACGGUGGCGUAACAACUAUGUAGCUGUCAAACACAUUGACACUGAAGCUGAGCGUAAAGCAUUUACAAUUGAAGUUCGACAGUUGUCUCGAGUCAACCAUCCUAAUAUUGUCAAAUUAUAUGGUGCAUGCACAUCAAACCCUGUAUGUUUAGUAAUGGAAUUUGCGGAAGGAGGAUCAUUAUACAACGUAUUACAUUGUAAACCUGAGCCUCAAUACAACUUGGGACAUGCUGUUAGUUGGACAUUACAAUGUGCAGAAGGUGUAGCAUAUCUUCAUAAUAUGAAACCUAAACCAUUAAUUCACCGUGAUUUAAAGCCACCGAACUUAUUAUUGGUAAAUGAAGGAAAAACACUAAAAAUAUGUGAUUUUGGGACUGCUUGUGACAAAAAAACAUAUAUGACCAAUAAUAAAGGUAGUGCAGCUUGGAUGGCACCUGAAGUAUUUGAAGGUUCAAAUUAUACCGAAAAAUGUGAUAUAUAUAGCUGGGGUAUUAUUUUGUGGCAAGUUUUAACAAGACUGAAACCAUUUAAUGAAAUUGGUGGAUCUGCUUAUGGAAUCAUGUGGGCUGUACAUAAGGGAACCAGACCACCAAUAUUUGAACAAUGCCCUCGACCUUUCCAGGAAUUGAUUACUGAGUGUUGGGAUCAAAAUCCAAAUGUUAGGCCAUCAAUAGAUCAUGUCGUUCAGGUUAUGAGGAUAUUAAUACAAUUUUGUUCUGGACAUGACCAACCAUUAAUGUAUCCCAAUUAUUGUUAUUCCAUUAGUAGUGAAUUUGAAGAAGACUGUACUUCUGAAGAUUCAUGUCCAGACAUUUCCGACUCCUAUAUUGAAAGCUUAAGAAGUCAUAAAGGAAUAAAUGGAAUGUUGACAAAUGAUAGUUUAAAAUCUAAUCCCAAUUUAUCAAUACCAUUAAAUGUUAAUGUAGACAACAAGUUUGAUCAAUAUGAAGACUUAAAAAUAUUAACCAUGCCUGGAUUUGACAAAAUGGGGGCUUAUCAGACUGUUGAUUCAACUGACCGAGAAGAUGAAUCAAAUUCACAGUGUCAAAGUCUUGACGACACUAAUAAUGUAAAAGGUGUUUCUGGAACAAAUCCUGAACUGGAUAAUUUGUACUUGAUGUUAGAUCAACAGUUGCAUCCAAUACCCCCAGAUAACACUUGUCCACAAUCAGUUCAAAUAUUCGAAGAACACAAACAGCUUGCUCAAGAAUAUUUAAAAGUGCAAACUGAAAGAGCAUAUUUAUCAAGACAUAUGGAGCAAUUGGCGGAGCGAUUAAGUCAGGAAGAAAUUUUGUGUGAUGAAGAAGUAGAUGAAGAUGACGAAGAACUUAAAAAGCUCAAAAAUGAAAAAGAAAAUUUAACACAAUUAAGCCAGAAUCUCAAAAAACAACUAGAAAUGAUACAAGUAAAAAAAAGUAACCAUUCAAAUGAAAAUGAACCUUCAUCAUAG